UUUUCCGGCAUUGUUAUGCUAAUUGCAAAGUGUCCCAAUAAUGCUGCUAAGUUGCUGUUAUAUGACACAAAAGUAAGAACAAUCAAAGCUGUGUACAAAAGUUGGCUACCCAAAGGCGUGCAGCAGCUACGAAAUAAUCAACAAAUGAACCAGUGAACAUUCGUGCACACCAAAGCUAAUCUGCCAGCACAAAGGAUUGGCGACAAGGACGUUAAUUAAUCACAAACUUGUGGUGGCCAACUGCAACACCACUGCCACUCGCACAUAUAUAUACGUAGAUAUAUAAAUACCACCAAAUAAAGCAGUCAACAACUCGCCCACAGCCAAUAACACUGCAACGGGGCUUAGUUAAAUAUCAUAAAUUGGCUAACGCAAGCUGACAGCAGCGCACACAAAGCGUUUCACAUUGAUGACGUGGACGCAUUAAAAGUGCUUGCCACAUCAACGCAGCUGGGAAGAGAAACGUUAUAAUCGCUGCUGACACCAUUGUAAGCGCAGCAGGCAAUUAUCGAAGUUAUAGUAGCCAGUCGCCGUGACCAAGUCAAAGCGAACAGGUGAAGGCUCAUAAGGCUAAAGCGCCUUCCACAAUAUACACACAGAGUGCGUGCAACGCAAGCAACCAAUACAUAUACACGUCAUGCUAAGACACAUAAAUAACAUUGCGACGAGUUGUUGCAACAACAGCAACAACAAGACUAUGCACAGCGUGCGAGAUGAAGCGAAUUGCGAAAGCAGCAACACAAGACUCGCCAACCACACAUCUGCGGCGCGGCAUGACCGGCGCUCACACAUCCGCUCUUCCGCGUUCUUGCUGCUGCUCGCACAAUCCUUGCUCUUGCUGCUGCUACUCGAGCAUAUUGCGCCUGCAGUUGGUAAUCCCGAUUGGAUGCAACGUUGCAGUAUGUGCCAUUGCAAUUGGAAUUCGGGCAAAAAGACAGCCGACUGUAAGGCGCGCUCACUCACCGCCAUACCCGAUGAUCUGAGUAACGAGAUGCAGGUUGUGGAUUUCUCGAAUAAUAUAAUACCCGAGUUGCGGCGCGAGGAGUUUGCCGAUGCGAAUUUACAGAAUCUACAUAAGAUCUUCUUGCGCAAUUGUACCAUACAGGAACUGAAUCGCGAUGCACUCAAGGGCCUCACCAUACUCAUCGAGCUGGAUAUGUCGCACAAUUUCAUACGCGAGCUGCAUGUCGGCACCUUUAGCGGGGUGGAAAAGCUGCGCAAUCUCGUCAUGAAUCACAAUGAGAUCGAGGUGUUAGAGAAUUAUCUCUUUGUCGAUUUGCCUUUCUUGUCGCGUGUGGAAUUCAAAAACAAUCGCCUUAAGCAGGUGGAAAUGCAUGUGUUCGGUCAACAACCUAUGCUCGCAGCAAUUUACCUUGAGGCAAACUCGUUAUCGGUGCUGCGCAAGGAGACCUUCACGCGCAUACCCAAACUAGCGCAUCUCUCUUUGGCACAAAAUCCCUGGAAUUGUACGUGCGAUCUGCAAGCGUUUCGCGAUUUCGCGCUUGCCAAUCGACUUUACACACCGCCCACGGACUGCGCCCAACCGCCAGCGCUAAGCGGCAAACUUUGGACUGACAUACCAUCAGAGAAUUUCGCUUGCCAGCCGCGUAUACUCGGCUCGGUGCGCUCAUUUAUCGAAGUGCAAUCGGAUAAUAUAACUUUGCCAUGCCGCGUUGAAGGCUCACCGCGUCCGAAUGUUACAUGGAUCUAUAAUCGACGCGCCAUCAAUCCGAAUGAUCAACGCUUUCGUGUGCUCACCUCCAUCGAACAGCAGCCACUCAUGAGCAUAGAUCCUGCAGCGCUUAUAACUACCGAAUUGCGCAUUUUCAAUGUGCGCGCCAGCGACAAAGGCAUGUACACUUGCAUUGCAGAGAAUCGCGGCGGCAAGGCGGAGGCGGAGUUUCAAUUGAUCGUCGACGGUGACUUUUUUGGCGCGCUCGAAGGUAUAGGCGGUGGCAUAGGCGUCUCCACCACUGACACUCAAUCGAACUUCCUGCUCGUCAUUUGCCUCAUCGUGAUCACAGUACUGUUGCUGCUCAUGUGUGUGCUACUCAUUGCCUGUUGGUAUUGUCGACGUGCACGCUCAUAUCAGAAGGACACAACAAUGAUGAGUGAGAAUGGUUUAAUAUCUACGAAAAUGGAUAAAACCAACAGUUCAAUGCUUGAGGGUUCGGUGAUUAUGGAAAUGCAAAAAAGCCUACUAACCGAAGUGAAUCCGGUGGAGAAGCCACCGCGACGCACCGAACUAGAAAAUGUGGAUGGGAGCGAUGAGGGGCAUGAAAUCAAAAAGACACUACUGGAUGAAUCACAAUUCGGCAAUCACCCGCGCGACGAUGAAACCCACUCCGUCGCCCUGUCGGACACUACGGUACCUCGUGUGCGUCACACCUACAUCGAUGAUACCUACGGUACCAGCUUGCCACCUGAUCUACUCGCCUUUCCUGCACGCGUUCCGCCCACCUCCCCCUCAAUGCAAUCGUCGCACAGUAACAUACCCGAACAAAUCAUCUAUGGCAUUCGCUCACCACCGCUCACCAGUCCUGUAUACGCGCACAUGACGCCGCAUGGCAUCUAUGGUACCACAACCAUCGCAGCUGCCACACCGAAUGGUUUCAUGACUCUGCAACAUCCGAAAUCACGCAACUUAGCACUGAUCGCUGCAGCAAACAAUCGCCAACAACAGCAGCAGCAACAUGCACACGCCCUCCUACCGGCGCAACAUGGCGCGCACCAACAACAAUCACCUUUCUUGCCAGCACCUGUUAUAUACUCACCGACCACAGCGGUGGUCAUGAAACAAGGCUAUAUGACGAUACCGCGCAAACCGCGCGUACCCAGUUGGGCGCCUUCCACCUCCACCACAAAUCCCACACAGUUAAGCGAGUUUCAGUCGCCUACUUCGCCAAAUCCUAGCGAAACUGGCACCGCCACUACUGCUGAACUGCAAGUGGAGCCGGUGUACGACAAUCUUGGGCUACGUACAACUGCCGCCGGUAAUUCGACGUUAAACUUGCAUAAAGUUCAUCCGGAAACAAGCAACGGCGUCUCCACAUCAGCGCGCUAUACAAUGCGCGACCGCCCACUACCAGCCACGCCGAACCUCACAUCGGUGGCGUCAAGCACAGCAGCCAAGCAACAGCAGCAGCAGCAGCAGGCGCAACAGCAACAGCAACAACAGCUUACAUCACAACAAAAUGCUGUACCCAGCACAUCGGCGGCGGCUGCGGCAGCAGCAGCUUCAGUUGCGAAAAUCUACGAACCCAUACAUGAGCUGGUGAACAAUCAUCACCUGACAACGACCUCCGAUACAGAGCCGCUGUAUGGUACCGCGCGACAUCACAACGGUCUCACCAUUGUGCCGAGUGCCAACAAUAUGAAUGGUGGUGUAGGCGUCGAUGCUACUAACACAUCUGUUAGCAUCAAUGCGUCCACUGGUGAGCCUACGAAAGUAGCGAAAAUACCGCCCCGCCCGCCACCAAAGCCCAAGAAAAAGAUGUCUGUAACAGCGACACGCGGCGGACAAGGCAGCACCAGCCAACUAUUCGACGAUGAGGGCGAGGAUGGCACUGAAGUUUAGUUGCACGAACCCAAUGGUGGCAACUGCGGUGCCAAUGACGCCGCCACCUAAAACUCCUUCAAAGCGGCAGCGAAAAAACGAAUGUAUCGCGCGAAUAAGCGUGAAACAGUAAAACGAAAAGCAAACAAUGGAAAAAUGUGCGAAAGUUUAGUGUGUGCGUGUGUGUGUGUGUGUAGGUAGUAAGUGCAUACGUGUAUUUACGUGUGAAUAGGUAUGCAUGUAGUAGUAGUUAGUUGGGGGGGAAAAAAAUCAAAAAUUAAAUAACAAAAGGUGGCGAUUACUGACACUCCCGUUUGGAACAUAACUAAGAAAAUUUUGAGAAAUGGUGGUUUUGUGGAAAGGAAAAACGGUAAAGCAUUAAAGUAUUGUGGUGCAGCUGAGGCGGCACAUAUUUAAUUGCUAUUAGGGGACUAUGACGAUGCCAUAAGCAACUUCCAUGUCCUUAUGGUGGAAUAAAAUUUUGAAUACAUAUGAGGUUUGGAAUAGGAAUGCUUUAGUUUUAAUAUAAAUAUGAUUUUUAUAAUAGGUGAAGUAAAAAGUUCCGAGCAUCUUCCGCUAGAAAUCUUCAGUGAGCUAUGCCUAGGCGAAUUAAAGAAAAAAAUAUGCUUCAAAAAAGCUUCUUUGACAAUUUUGUGUUUGGUGAAGCCAGCUCUGCUCUAUAUUAUUCCAAAAGGUAGGAAAAAAGAAAGAAAAUUCGAUCAUUACCACUAAACUGAAGGUGUGAAAUCAGAGCAGAUGGCCAAGUAAAUGUAUGCUGCUUACGGAAUGCAGUAGCAAAUCGGUGAUCCAACAAUUUCUUUCUAGUAAUAUGAACCGAUCGUCGGAUGGAACUCGCUCUGGUACGGCAAUCAGCGAAAGGGCCAAUAAAAUAAUGGAAAUCGUCGAGUCGUUUCGGUAUGUGAGCACUUUUUCCAUUGCUCAGGACUAGAAAAUUAGUUAGAAAAUCGUCUGGCACAAUUUCCUUAAGCCUGAGCUCGAUCGAUGAGCAUGAUGUAUGGGUAUCCAAAUGCAUAGAUACAAACGAAACUUUUGAAACAAAACCAAGUCUGUGAUUACUUUCCGAAAUGUUGCAAAGUCUUCCCAUUUUUGAAACGGAUAAUAACUGUUGAUGAAAAAUGUAUCACAGACGAGAGCAAUAGUUGAAAAAGAUCGUGGUAAAAUGGUUGUGAGCCAGUAUCCAUGAACGCCAAGCCCGUCGUUCCAACGACUGUCAGUGCUACGUAACCGGAACGAGCGGAUUUAUAUUCGCCCAAAAACUGUCACUCCAGCUGCAUCUCUCGUAUAUAGGUAUAACAACAACAGCAUCCCCGAGCCUGUAUUAGUGACUCAAGUGAAGCUUAUGAAAAUUAGCUGGUCAAAUUGGUUACCAAUGGAAACGAGAACUUUUUCAAUUGCGAAAUGAAAAAAUUGCUUUUAAAAUGUGUAAAAUUUAUCGAACGAAACGGCGCGUAAUUAUCUAAAUUGGACAAACACAACCAAACCUCUACAUAGAUAUAGCGCAAAAAAUCUUAAGGCCGAAGCGAAAGCCUCUCCUUUCAUUCAUUUAUCGAAAUUGUGACGGAAAACAUGCUCAGAACUGUUUACUUGGCCAAUAUUUUUACAAAAACCAGCUCUAACCGAAAAAACAAAAUCGAAAACUGUUCUAAAAAAACGUCUUUUAACCCUCCGUAGAACACUUUUUUAAACCUUCGGUUGGGCACUCGAGUCUGGCAUUUUUUUCCUCCUUUUUAAGGAUCCUUUUAAAAGGUUAUGUCUACAAAUCGCUGGAAAAUUAAAUUUUACGAAGCUACCUGGUAGCUGAAGUCGUUGGCUAUAAUAGAAAUAUGUUGAAUUCCCGUCCAAAGUCGAAAAGGCCAGGCCAGGGUGUCCAACGGAGGGUUAAACCACACUGGGUUAGUGCAUUUACAUUUUCUGAAUAGCUUCUAGUAUUUACAAAAAAUUAUUUAAAAUAUAAACACUUAUUUAUAAGUGCAAUGGAUCUAAAUAACUUUUUUUUUAAUAUAUAAGCAAGUGCAAUUAAACAGUGGCGGUCAAAAUAAUAGCAGCACAACAUAUUGCAAAGUUUUGACGAUUUAUUUAUUUUCAAUAAAAAAAAAAUUUUAAUAUAGUUCAUACUAAAACAAAAAGAACUCCAAUUUCUUUGUACAAAAUUUAAAAAAUUUAAAAAAUUUUUCCUAAAAGUUGCAAACUUUUUAGUCAGAAUUUUUCGAAAAUUCUGGAUACGCAGUCUUGUAGCUCAUUUUGUAACUCAUCUUACCAUUUUUGUUAAAAUAUAGUUCAAAUUUCUCACUCAUAAACUUAAAUUUCUUUGUACAAAAUUUAAAAGAUCUAAAAA